AUGGAAAAGAAAGAAAAAAGUCUGCCAAGUGAAAGUAAUCUUACAAUUGAAUGUUCAACUACAAAGCCGUUCCAUGCCAGCGAUAACGACAUUGAACAAUAUAAAUUAUGCUUUCAACCUUUUCCUCCUUUCCAACUUGGUCUUGUUCUUAUCUCGAUUUUAUUAAAUGGUUUUGCCUGCGAGAAGGAGAAUCGUGAGAAGAUGAUUCAUCCCAGAGAUGAAGAAACUGAUUAUAGUGAUGAUUUUAAGAAAUAUUUUCUCAUUACUAAUUCCAUUUCAUUUACUGAAGCAAGACGAGAAGCUGCGUUGUGUUGUUGUUACUUUCUGAUGGGAAUUAGAGCUUUGGCAUCACGUAGAACAUUGGAAAAGUUAUCGAAAAUUACAGUAUAG